AUGGGACCUCAGGAGAAGCAACCAAGGAAAUGCUGCCCGCUGCGGAGAUCGAGGAAGGGGUGCAUGAAGGGCAAGGGCGGUCCCGAGAACCAGGCAUGCACGUACCGAGGGGUGCGCCAGCGGACGUGGGGCAAGUGGGUUGCGGAGAUCCGCGAGCCCAACCGCGGCGCCCGCCUGUGGCUCGGCACCUUCAGCACCGCCCUGGAGGCCGCGCAGGCCUACGACAACGCGGCCCGCUCCCUCUACGGCGACUGCGCGCGGCUGAACCUGUCCGACAGCCGCCCCUCGUCCGUGGGGGAUAACUCCACCGGGUCGACGCCGCCGCCUCCCGCUGCGGCACUCGUCAAGCCGGGCUUCCGGUCCUCGUCCUCCUGGUCCAACGAGACCAGCACCGGCGACUCACAGGCGAGCUUCCCGGACAGCAUCGGCUUGCCGGCCGCGCAUUUCUACGCCGACGGCCUCUACAGUUUCGACGAUUAUGUUUCUGGGUUGCCGAAGCCAGAGGAUUUCGGGCUGGAGGCCUUCCACAGCGUUCCAUUCUUAGACGAGCAGGAGCUCGACACACAGUUCAUGAACUUUGAACCACUGCAAGUGUCAUCGUAUUCUUAA